AUGAAGGAAACCAACACAUGCAAAAUCGAUGAGAUCCCACUCCCAAAGAUCAAGGAUCAUGAGAUCCUGGUCAAAGUCGCGUCGGCAGGUCUCUGUCAUUCGGACCUCAUGUUGUUCGACGGAUCAAUUGCCGCUACUGAGCCCGUGGUGAUGGGCCAUGAGGGAGUCGGAUUCGCGGAAGAGGUUGGCAAGGGCGUCAGUGGGUUCCAGAAGGGCGAUCGGCUCGGGUUUCUGUAUAUCAAGGACGUGUGUUUCGAAUGCGAUGGAUGUCUGGUGCACAACCUCAACUGCAGACUGGGGACAGCCAAAAUCCAAGGCUUCCAAACAGACGGCUUCUUUGCUGAGUACGCAUCCGUCGACUAUCGUAAUGCCAUCAUCCUCCCAGACAAUCUGCCCAUGGAGACAUCGGCGCCGUAUUUCUGCGCGGGCAUCACAGCAUUCCACGGCGUCGACUCCUGCACCCUGAAACCAGGACAAUGGAUGGCUAUCGUCGGCUGCGGCGGCCUAGGGCAGAUGGGCAUCCGGUUCGCCAAAGCGAUGGGCCUCAAAGUGAUCGGGAUCGACAUCAACGACGAAGUCCUCCAAGCCGCGACCGAAAAUGGCGCCGACAUCACCGUGAACAGCCGCAAUGCUGACUUCGAGAAACAAAUCCGCGACGCAACGGGUGGCGGCGCCGACGCAGCCGUAGUCUUCAGCGCCGCACAAGCAGCAUACGACAGCGCCACCAAGAUCCUACGUAUCGGCGGCGUAUUGAUGGUCAUCGGCCUUCCGCCUAGACCGCUGCAGUUUUCAGCCCUGGAUCUCAUGCGCAAGCUGUACCAGAUCAGAAGUGAGAGUACGGGUCCGCCGCAGCAGAUGCCGCGGGCGCUGGAAUUCAUUUCGAAGCAUCAGAUUAGACCCCAUGUGGAUACGUAUAAGUUGGAGCAGAUUCAUGAGAUGAUGGAUUUGAUGAAGAGUGGAAAGUCGAAGUCGAGGAUGGCGGUUGUUUUUUAA